AUGUCCACUCUAAGCGACGCCAACUCAAGCCUCAACGAAAAGUUCUCCUCGAGCUUCGGGUCGAGUACCCCCACAGUCAGCGACUCCGUUCUCGGCGACGGCCUUGGCUCGGCGCCGGAGCAUGGAAGGACCUACCUCAUCAUAGAGAGCUCGAGCGGUCGCGCCAUCAGCGUGCCAGGGGCGCUUGUCGGCGGCGAUCGUCUCCUGCUCCAGGCGCCCGGCGAUGGUUUCGCCGCAAAGAAACACUGGCUCUGCGUCGAGAAGGACGGCUACCUAGGCUUCCAGAACCCCGCGUCGGGGCGGUUCAUGGGCCACGAUGGCAGUUGGGAGGGGGGCGGGAUCAGUGGUGUCCGCGCCUCGUCAACGGUGCUUGAGCAGUGGGAGUUGUUCACUCUACGGCCGCAUCCGGAGGGCGGCAAUCUGCUGCUUUCCCCACAUACGCCUUUCAGGCUCAAUGUGGUCACGACUUCGGCGGACGGGAAGGGGCUUGAGGUCAGGCAGAACGGGAGGACCACGUGGAAAUUCAUCAAGAUAUAG